CUCAAGUGUUUCCCUUCGGUUCUGUCCGGACAAGCUAUGGGGGUGUCCGGGGGACUUUGUUCGCCGGCGUGUUGCUUGUUGCGAGACUCUGUAAACAACAGGCCCCAGGCUCCCACCGCUGACAAACUGACUCCCGAUGUGAUUUCCCAAGCCGAACCCAGCCAGGACACGCCGUGCUCCAGCCAGGCGUCCACGCCGAAGGCCCGGAGUUUGAGCCGGGCGCAUCUUUCCGCAGCGAGCGGGGGAGAGAAAACUCUGAAAGUACCAGGGAAAUCCAGGAAGGGCUCGCUUAAAAUCCGCCUCAGUAAACUUUUCAGAACUAAAAGCUGUAGUGGCUCUAACAAUCUUUUGGACAAGAGACCUUCAGUCACGUUCUCCAUAUCCUCUGCGGGAAGUUUAGUUGACAUGUCUGGAGCGAUCGGCGGAGAACAAGACACGAGCAGCCAACCUGGACUAACAAGGGCACAAAGUGCUUUCUCUGCAGCCUCUUUUACUCCCGUUUUCACAGGAGAGACUGUGUCGUUGGUUGAUGUGGACAUCUCACAGCGAGGAAGAAACUCUCCUCAUCCUCCCACUCCUCCACCUCCCCCUCGACGGAGUCUCAGUCUGCUGGACGAUAUAGGUGGGCCGCAGCCUGGGCCUUUCCUAGUGAGUGUAAUGGGGGCAUCCCUGCAGUCUCUCCCUCUGCCUCUUCCUCCUCCUCCCCCUCUCCACGCCACCAUCCAGCAUAGUCUCAGCCUCAAUGAUGCUUUCUUCCGGGCACUUCCUCAUUCGGCCGCAUCACCAAUGGAGAAUCCAGCCCCUGCCAGACUAGCUCCACCCCCAGUCAUGUGCCCGCUGAGAGGGGCCGAUUCCAGUAGCUUCACUGCCAGCCUGAGAGAGCUGGAGCGGUGUGGCUGGUAUUGGGGGCCGAUGAACUGGGAGGAUGCUGAAAUGAAGUUGAGGGGGAAGCCAGAUGGCUCGUUUUUGGUGCGGGACAGUUCAGACCCACGAUACAUCCUCAGCCUCAGCUUUCGGUCACAGGGAGUCACACACCACACGCGUAUGGAGCACUACAGAGGAACUUUCAGUUUAUGGUGCCAUCCUAAAUUUGAGGAUCGCUGUCAUUCUGUGGUGGAGUUCAUCGAGCGAGCCAUCAUGCACUCGAAAAAUGGGAAAUUCCUUUACUUCCUACGUUCACGUGUACCUGGGUUGCCCCCCACCCCUGUACAGCUGCUUUAUCCAGUCUCACGCUUCAGCAAUGUAAAAUCCCUCCAGCAUCUGUGCCGUUUCUGCAUCCGACAGCUCGUCCGCAUAGACCACAUCCAGGAGCUGCCUUUACCCAAACCGCUCAUUGUCUACUUGAGGAAGUUCUAUUACUAUGAUCCAGAGGAAGAGAUGUACCUGUCAAUCAAAGGCAUGCGCCAGGCAGCAGGAGUGGAACAGGAAGCAGAGUCUGAAACAUAGCCAGCCGGAUCGCUCCGUUUCACUGAUUUCUAUGUGUGGAUAUUGGAUGGAACAGCGCAUGGACACUUCCUGGUGCACAGCUCUGCUCCAACUCCCUGUCAGUCUUCCAGCAGACGCCAAUGAACAUCAGCCGACUGGCAUCUCCUCUUUGACCAAUAGCGGACAGAGGGAGAACAGAGGAGUGCUGGAAUACUGUCUAUGUUGAGCAGGAAAAUCUAAUUCAGAGACUUUGACUUGAUCGACAAAGGACUCGAAAGACUUCAAAUAUUAAAUUAAAUAAGAUACGGACUGAGGACAUUUGACUUGGGGUACUAGCAAACGCCUUCAUCUGUAGGUUAUAUUACACUGGAGUUUUUAAAAACUGGCCAGUUUGUGAAUCCGUCUCUAUUUGGUUCUUCUUUCUUUCCUCAUCAGGCCCCCUUGCCCUGGGUGGAGUGUGUGACCCCUUUAUUUGUCCUUUCCCUGAUUGUAACUCCUUCAGUCUGAUCAGGCCACAUGAACUGUAUUUUGAGUAAAAGACAAAGUAAACUUGAUAAAAGUGCUGGUA